AUGUAUGAAAAGGUUGCUGCCGGGAAGAGUGGAUGUUGUUGGGAGCUUUUUCAAGCUUACAGGCACCUCGAAUCUCUCGGGUACAUAAUUGCGCGGCACAAUGUUGCUUGGAGUUUGAAGAGUAUCGGCAAUUCAGUUAAAUGUGCUGAUCUUGAAGGAACAGAAGAAUGCAAGCAGUUAGUAUACGUGGUUUACACAGUCGAGGUUUCCAUUGAUAAGUUAUUUGGUGACUUGAAGAUUAAUGAUUUGAAGCCGGGUUUUGAUGUUUAUCUUCCAAACAACAGGUUUAGAAAGUCUUCUCCUGGUCAUCCAAAUUUUCUGCUCUACUUGUCUAUGUAA